AUGGUUGGAAAAAGUAAUAAGUUAUACGUCUACAAAAGGGGUGGAAGGAUGGAAGAGGUGCAUAUAGACAAAAUAACAUCAAGAAUCAAGAAACUUUGCUAUGGAUUAAAUAUGGAUUUCGUUGAUCCUGUAUCAAUAACAUUAAAAGUCAUCAGUGGUAUUUACUCAGGAGUAACAACAGUGGAAUUAGACAACUUGGCUGCUGAAACAGCAGCUACUAUGACUACGGAUCAUCCAGACUAUGCUGUGCUAGCUGCAAGAUUAGCCAUAUCUAAUCUACACAAAGAAACUAAAAAACAUUUUUCAGAUGUGAUGACUGAUCUAUAUAACAUAAUAAAUCCUCACACAAAGAAAAGGUCACCAAUGAUCUCAGAUUUUCAUUAUAAUAUAAUAAUGAAGAAUAAGGAGCGCCUGGACUCAGCAAUAGUUUAUGACAGAGAUUUUAAAUACAAUUACUUUGGCUUUAAGACUUUGGAAAGAUCAUAUCUCCUUAAAAUUAAUAACAAGGUUGCUGAAAGACCACAACAUAUGCUAAUGCGUGUGGCUAUUGGUAUUCAUGGUGAAGAUAUAGAUGCAGCAAUUGAAACAUACAACUUAUUAUCUGAAAAGUAUUUCACUCAUGCCAGUCCAACAUUGUUCUCUGCAGCAACUCCAAGACCACAACUAUCUUCUUGUUUUCUUAUAGCCAUGAAAGAUGAUAGUAUUGAAGGUAUAUAUGACACACUAAAACAAUGUGCAUUGAUUUCAAAAUCAGCUGGUGGCAUUGGAUUGCAUGUUCAUUGUAUUAGAGCUAAAGGUACCUACAUAGCAGGAACCAAUGGUGUUUCUAAUGGACUUGUGCCAAUGUUAAGAGUGUAUAAUAAUACAGCAAGAUAUGUGGAUCAAGGUGGUAAUAAACGGCCAGGAGCAUUUGCGAUAUACUUAGAGCCGUGGCACUCAGACAUAUUCGAGUUUCUUGAUUUGAAAAAGAAUACUGGUAAGGAGGAGGUACGGGCAAGAGAACUUUUUUAUGCUCUGUGGAUUCCUGAUUUAUUUAUGAAAAGAGUGGAGAAAGACGAAACAUGGAGCCUAAUGUGCCCUCAUGACUCUCCUGGUCUUGCUGAUUGUUGGGGUGAAGAAUUUGAGACUCUCUAUGAAAAAUAUGAACAAGAAAAAAGGUUUGUUAAACAAGUAAGAGCUCAAGAAUUGUGGAAAGCAAUAAUCGAAGCACAAGUAGAAACAGGAACACCGUAUAUGCUUUACAAAGACUCCUGUAAUAGGAAAAGUAACCAAAAAAAUCUUGGCACCAUUAAAUGUAGUAAUCUCUGCACUGAAAUUGUUGAAUACACUUCAGAAGAUGAAGUUGCAGUGUGCAAUUUAGCUUCAAUUGCUUUAAACAGGUUUAUCAAUGAAGACAAAACUUACAGCUUUACAAAAUUAAAAGAGGUAACUAAGAUAAUAACACAGAAUUUGAACAAAAUAAUUGAUGUAAACUAUUAUCCAGUGCCUGAAGCAAAGAACUCCAAUAUGCGACACCGGCCCAUAGGUAUAGGCGUACAAGGUCUAGCUGAUACAUUUGUAUUGAUGCGUAUUCCAUAUGAAAGUGAAGAAGCAAUAAAACUAAAUCAGCAAAUUUUUGAAACAAUAUAUUAUGGAGCUUUAGAAGCCAGCUGUGAACUUGCUGAAAAACAUGGUGUUUAUAGUACAUAUGAAGGUAGUCCAGCCAGUAAAGGCAUUCUGCAGUAUGACAUGUGGGAUAAAACUCCAACUGAUCUCUGGAACUGGUCUGCUCUGAAAGAAAAAAUUGCAAAACAUGGCCUUCGUAAUUCUCUUUUAAUAGCCCCUAUGCCCACAGCAUCUACAGCACAAAUCCUCGGAAAUAAUGAAUCAUUUGAGCCAUUCACGUCGAAUAUUUAUCAAAGACGAGUCUUAUCAGGAGAGUUUCAAGUAGUAAAUCAUCAUUUGCUGCGAGAUUUGACGCAAGCAGAAUUAUGGGAUGAAGAUAUGAAAAAUCUUAUAAUUCAUAAUAAUGGAUCUAUUCAAAACAUAGAAAGUAUACCAAAGGAAAUACGAGAUUUAUAUAAAACAGUUUGGGAAAUUUCUGUUAAAACUACAAUAAAAAUGGCUGCCGAUAGAGGAGCUUUUAUAGACCAAAGUCAGUCUUUUAAUAUCCAUGUUGCUGAACCAAACUAUGGUAAAUUAACCUCAAUUCACUUUUAUGCUUGGAAAAUGGGCUUGAAAACGGGUAUGUAUUAUUUACGAAUUAAGCCUGCUGCUAAUGCAAUUCAGUUUACAGUUGACAAAUCAAAAGUGCAACUUUUAAAUGGAAGAACUGAUAAAGAUGAGGCUAACAUGUCAAUGAUUGCAUGCUCCUUACGAAAUAAGGAUGAAUGCUUGAGUUGCGGUUCAUAA